CUCUUCCCCAUUCGGCCAUUCCAAGCCGGACAUCUCACCCCCCAAAAACCCUACACCCCUCGACGACCAGCCGGCGGCCGCCAUGCUCCUCCGGCGACCGCUCCAGACCCUCACCCUCCCGCUCCUCCGCCGCCACCUCUCCACCUCCUCCGCGGCGCUCUCCGCCCCAGAUCUCAACAUCGACGAGCUCCUCUCGCCGCCGUUCCACUACCUCCCGGGCCACCCGCGGCCGGACGCGAAGCACGACGAGGUGAUCUUCGCCGUGCCGAGGACCUCCUCCGGGAGGCACUUCGCGGCCAAGGAGCGCAAGGCCGGGCGGGUGCCGGCCAUCGUCUUCGAGCAGGAGAACGGCCAGGAGGGCGGCAACAAGCGCCUCGUCUCGGUGCAGUCCAAGCAGAUCCGCAAGCUCGUCGACCACCUCGGCCGCUCCUUCUUCCUCUCCCGCCUCUUCCGCCUCGAGGUCUGGUCGGACCACGCCGGCCAGGGGGACCUCGUCGAGAGCGUACGCGUCCUGCCGCGCAAGGUGCAUUUGCACGCAGGCACUGAUGAACCUCUGAAUGUAACAUUCAUGAGAGCUCCUUCUUCAGCGCUGCUCAAAAUAGAUGUUCCUUUGAUGUACAUUGGAGAGGAUGCUUCACCUGGUCUCAGGAAAGGAGCUUACUUCAACACCAUAAAGCGAACAGUCAAGUUUCUCUGCCCUGCUGACAUUGUUCCACCAUACAUUGAAGUGGACCUAAGCGAGUUGGAUGUCGGGCAGAAACUGUUGAUGCGCGAUCUGAUAGUCCACCCAGCCCUGAAAUUACUUCAGUCGCCAGACCAGCCCAUCUGUAGCAUUAUAGGGUCAAGAGCCCCUGACCAGAAGAAAGAGAAGGAGAAAUCAAAAUAAGUAGCUCCAUUGUAUUAACUAUUUGCAACAGAAUAAACAUCUUUCUUUUUUCUGCUAUUCAUGCUCGAGUUAUUCAGUUCUUGAUUAUCCCACCUAGAACGCAUACUAGGAGGAAUUGUAGCCAGAGACCACUGUUUUACUUGAGGAAUGAAUGUCCUGAGAAUCCAGGAGCUACAUACAGUAGUAGUAUGGUUAUUUGAGCCUGUUCACAGAAACGUUCACUGUGAUGUAUGUUGUCAUAAAAGCUUUUACGUGUUGAGAAUCUGUAUGUUCUGGUUGCCUGCA